AUGAAGAAGAAGAAAAUCAAAGAUUCAUCCCGAUCAUCCAAUAAAAGUGAUUUGGAAAAUUCGGAUUUCAACACGGCAGUCAUGAGAAUCGCCGUCGCACAGAUGUGUCAGUCCGUCGGAUAUCAAGGCGCUCAAAUCUCAGCACUCAAAACCCUAACGGACGUUGCCGUCAGGUACAUUCGAUCACUGGCGAAGUACUCUACUACCUCCGCUGGAUCCACCGGCCGGACGCAGUGCAACCUAUUCGACAUCGUCCGUGCAUUGGAAGAUCUUCAUUCCGACAUUGGAUUCCAUGGAAACUCAGAUCCUAAAAGAAGAUUAUAUAUACUCAGCGAUUCAUCGAUUCUCCGUGACACGAUGAAGUUUGUCUAUCGGAGUUACGAAAUCCCUUUUGCAAAACCGUUGCCUCGUCGAAGCCCUACACUUCCAUCAAAUUCACCAUGUUUUCCCAAUCAGAAUACCAAAUGGAAUCACGUUCCGAGAUGGUUACCGGAUUUCCCUAAAAUCAGUGACGCGGGAGAACUGCCGAUCGUUACUGCAUCAAAUGAAGGUGAAACCGCAUGGGAGAAGAAUAUGCAAUCUACCGAAUCAGAUAAGGAAAUCAGCAAGUUGCCAGAGAAAAGGAAAAAGAUAAGUUUUAAGAUUGGCGGUGGUAAGAAUGAAACUGACAUGACGUUUGGGGUUGAUUUGAAGAGUGGGAUUUGUAAUUGGGGGAGGAGAAUUUCGUGCCAAAUCUAUGAUCAAGUUUUGAUCUGUGCCGCUUUUGUUUGUGAGGUUGAAAAAAAUCCAUUGUACUUCUAUCUCCAUUUGCAAUGAUGUUUGAAGAUUUCAGUUAUUUGAUUUUUCCAAAAUUCAACUGGGGUUUCCUCGAAUGGCCAUUUUCAUUAUGCAUCUGGAAUCUUGGAGCUACCCAUUGAAGCCAUCUGGCAUUUUUAUCUGGUGCUUAACUCAAAAUCCUGAUUCUUAUAAACAAUGGGUGGG